AUGCAUAGAAGAUGAUGAUGAUGAUGAUGAUGAUGGUGAGGCGGCGCACACCUUAAUUUUUUCACCACUUCCAACACUCAAAAAUGGCGGUGCCGAUUCUGUGAUCUCGUUAAGUCAAUUCGCGAACGGAUUACACAACACAGCUUCGUUUUUUAUUAACGGUGAUCGGAGGGGGGGAAUAUUCCGGCAGAAAUAAGAUGAUGGACGUCAAAGGAAUGAGCGGAGUGGAGAUUGAGUAUAUAAAGAAGCAUCACAAGCACGAGAUUAAGGAUAAUCAAUGCUCUUCUUUCCUCAUCAAGCAUAUUAAAGCGCCUGUUCAUCUCGUUUGGUCUCUAGUCAGGAGGUUUGAUCAACCACAGAAGUACAAGCCUUUCGUCAGCCGUUGUGUUGUGCAUGGAAAUCUUGAAAUUGGCAGUCUGAGGGAAGUUGAUGUUAAGUCGGGUCUUCCUGCCACUACAAGCACCGAGAGAUUGGAGCUUCUCGAUGAUAAUGAACACAUACUCAGUGUCAGGAUUAUUGGUGGAGACCACAGGCUCAAAAACUACACUUCCACUGUGUCUGUCCAUCCUGAGGUCAUCGAAGGGAGACCUGGUACGAUGGUAAUUGAAUCAUUUGUGGUGGAUGCGGCUGAAGGGAACACGAAGGAUGAAACAUGCUACUUCAUUGAAGCACUCAUUAAGUGCAAUCUCCAAUCACUUGCCGAUGUUUCGGAGGCACUUGCUUUGCAGGACAGGACCACUGAUUGUAACUAGGAUUGUGUCUGUGCACUUUCCAUGGAGGAGGCGGCUAUUUUCACCCGAGGAUGAAGCUCUUUUAUAGGCUUUUGAGGCAGAAGUAGCCAUUUCAUACUAUUGGUUUCUGCCUAUAUUUCUGCAUUUUUUCUUUUCUACUAUUUUCGGUCUUCUUGUUUGCUGUUUGUAUUGUAGUCUUGUUACAGUCAUUUUGGAGCUCCUGUUUCUUAGAGCUCAAGAACCACAGUUUAUAUAAACAUAUUCGUCGUUUGUAAACAAAUCGAAGCCUAGUGUGAGCUGUCAAAAUUUCAGGGUUUUGUUCUCGUUUAUUUUC